AUGUGCCACACCAGCUGCUCCUCCGGCUGCCAGGCGGCCUGCUGCCCAGCCCCGUGCUGUGUCCCCACCGCCUGCUGCUCACCCUCCUCCUGCGGGAGCUCCUGCUGCCGCCCAGUGUCCUGUGUGACUCUGCUGUGCAGGCCUGUGUGUGGUGUGUCCACCUCCUGCCACCCAGCCUGCUGUGUGGCCAGCCCCUGCCAGGCAGCCUGCUGUGUGCCCGUGAACUGCAAGCCUGUGCUGUGUGUGGUCCCCUCCUGCCAGUCCUCCUGCUGCUGCCGGCCCUCCUGUGCCCCCCUGCUCUGCAGACCCGUCUCCUGCGGCACCCCCACCUGCUGCUAG